GUGACAACUGCAGUGUGUGUAUGCGUGCGCGUGGGUUUGUGGGGGCGCGCGCCAGCGAGUGUGUGUGUUUCUGUGACAGAGGGACUGGGAGGAGGAGUGAACAUCGGUUCGGCGGCGGUGUGAAGAGAUGGAAGCGGAGAAGGCGGAUGCAGAUAAGAGUCGCUCUCACUAUCCACGGGAAUAAGGACGCCGAUCUCCUCCCCGAUAUUUACUGCUGCUUUUUUUAAUUUCCCUGUCAGUGUACCUACUAUGAUCUCCGUCGCGCUUGCGGGCACCACCCCUCCAAACGUACCCGUCUAUCUCUGAGCUGAGCUGUCAAUCACAUCACGCCGGGAUUUGUACAUGUGAGUGCAUGGCGCGCCGGGCAGGGCGGAUCGGCUCACGGGGUGAAAAAACGCCGGUUAAUAUGGAUGAAACGUCAGCGGUCGUCUCACCGUUUCAGUCACUCUGAUUAGGUAUGGCGAUAUAAAGCGUAAGAUCGCACGUUUGAUGCAUGAGAAAUAGAGCUCCAGCGUGCUGGGAGUAAGCGACACUGUCCUAUAGCGUUGCCCAGACCACAGAGCAGGAAAGAUGAUGUGUGAGGUGAUGCCGACCAUCAGCGAAGGAGACUCGGCUGGUCCUCCGAGAGGCACCGGCGGGGUCCCGAACGGCUCGGACCAGGAGGCCAACUUCGAACAACUCAUGGUCAACAUGCUGGACGAGAGGGACAAGCUGCUGGAGUCCCUCAGGGAGACUCAAGAGACCCUCAUUCAGUCUCAAACCAAGCUGCAGGGGGCGCUGCACGAGAGGGACGUGCUCCAGCGGCAGAUCAACGCCGCGCUGCCUCAGGAGUUUGCCACCCUCACAAAGGAGCUGAACAUAUGCCGUGAGCAGCUGCUGGAGAAAGAGGAGGAAAUAUCUGAGCUGAAAGCGGAAAGGAACAACACCAGGCUGCUGUUGGAGCACCUGGAGUGUCUGGUGUCUCGUCACGAACGCAGUCUGAGAAUGACAGUGGUAAAAAGACAGGCACCCCCACCAUCUGGAGUCUCCAGCGAGGUGGAGGUCCUCAAAGCUCUGAAGUCGCUCUUUGAACACCACAAGGCUCUGGAUGAAAAGGUGCGAGAGAGGCUUCGGGUGGCUCUGGAGAGGGUUGCCACCCUGGAGGGGCAGCUAGCAACUACCACACAAGAGUUGAACAUGGUGAGACAGAGGAAGGAUGGUGACUCAGUGGAGCGAACAGAUGGAUCCAAACCUACAUGGAAGAGACUUCCCAAUGGCUCUAUAGAUGCCCACGAUGACGGCAGCAGGGCGUCUGAGCUUCAGGAGCUGCUGGAUCGGACCAAUAAAGAGCUGGCUCAAAGCCGCGAGCACUGUGCCACUCUUAACGCCCGCGUCGCUGAGCUCGAGGCAGAGCUCGCGAAUGCACGCAGAGAACUGAGCCGCAGCGAGGAGCUGUCAAUCAAACAACAGAGGGAACAGAGAGAGAGAGAAGAUAUGGAGGAGAGGAUAACGACAUUGGAGAAACGCUAUCUGGCUGCUCAGCGAGAGACGACACACAUCCACGACCUCAACGACAAAUUGGAAAACGAACUGGCCACCAAGGACUCCCUGCACCGACAGAGUGAGGAGAAGGUGCGCCAGCUGCAGGAGAUGCUGGAGAUGGCAGAGCAGAGGCUGGCUCAGACCAUGAGGAAGGCUGAGACACUGCCAGAGGUAGAAGCUGAACUGGCACAGAGAGUAGCAGCGCUCUCCAAGGCCGAGGAGCGCCAUGGCAACGUGGAGGAGCGGCUCAGACAGCUGGAGUCACAACUGGAGGAGAAGAACCAGGAGCUAGGAAGGGCUCGUCAGAGGGAGAAAAUGAACGAGGAGCACAACAAGCGUUUAUCUGACACUGUGGAUCGUCUGCUCACCGAGUCCAAUGAAAGGCUGCAGCUACAUUUGAAAGAACGCAUGGCUGCCCUGGAGGACAAGAACGCUCUCAUUCAGGACCUCGAGAACUGCCAGAAACAACUUGAAGAAUUUCACCACACCAGGGAACGGCUGAUUGGAGAGAUUGACAAGCUAAGAAAUGAGAUUGACCAUUUGAAACGCCGCAGUGGGGCUUUUGGAGAUGGAACUCACCCUCGAUCUCACUUGGGUAGCUCCAGCGAUCUUCGCUUCUCCGUAGUUGAGGGCCAGGAUGGCCACUACAGCACAACUGUGAUCAGGCGGGCACAAAAGGGCAGGCUUUCAGCGCUGCGAGACGACCCGAACAAGGUGUGUGCGGUGUUUGAACAGGACUACCCAUCUCUGCGUGGGAGCGUCAGCCACCUCCUUGGCAGCGACAUCGAAGCAGAGUCAGACCUGGAUGAUGAUGUUAGCUCGGCCCUGCUUUCCCCCAGCGGUCAAUCAGAUGCUCAGACUCUGGCCCUCAUGCUGCAGGAGCAGCUUGAUGCUAUCAAUGAAGAGAUAAGGAUGAUUCAGGUAGAGAGGGAGUCUGCAGACCUGCGCUCCGACGAGAUUGAGUCUCGCGUGAACAGCGGCAGCAUGGACGGACUCAAUGUGACGCUACGACCACGGGCCCUGCCCACUUCCGCCACUGCUCAGUCCCUGGCAUCAUCCUCCUCCCCACCCACCAGCGGCCACUCUACACCCAAACAUCACGGGCGCAAUACCAGCCACCAUCUAGGCAUAAUGACUCUGCCAAGCGACUUGAGAAAACACAGAAGGAAAGUAGCAUCCCCAGUGGAAGUGGACAAAGCAACUAUCAAGUGUGAGACAUCACCUCCUUCUUCCCCCCGCAGUUUACGGCUGGAAACCAAUUUUGCCCAGUUCACUGGCAGUUUGGAGGAUGGACGAGGCAAACAGAAGAAAGGAAUCAAAUCAUCUAUUGGGCGAUUGUUUGGAAAAAAAGAGAAGGGACGAAUGGACCAAACUGUUAGCAGGGAAGGACAGCCUCUACCAGCUUUAUCAGACUUUGAGAUGGGCAUCGGUGACACUAUGACUCUGGGAAAACUGGGCACGCAGGCUGAGAGGGACCGAAGACUGAAGAAAAAGCAUGAACUUCUGGAAGAUGCAAGAAAAAAAGGCCUGCCAUUUGCUCAGUGGGAUGGACCUACUGUUGUCUCAUGGCUAGAGCUGUGGGUGGGUAUGCCAGCCUGGUAUGUGGCAGCUUGUCGUGCCAACGUGAAGAGCGGCGCCAUCAUGUCAGCUCUGUCAGACACAGAGAUCCAGCGGGAGAUUGGCAUCAGCAACCCUCUGCACCGGCUCAAACUCCGCUUGGCCAUCCAGGAGAUGGUCUCUCUCACCAGCCCCUCUGCACCGCUCACUUCCAGAACGUCCUCCGGAAAUGUGUGGGUGACUCAUGAAGAGAUGGAGAACCUGGCUUCUUCCACUAAAGCGGAGAAUGAGGAAGGCAGCUGGGCACAGACUUUGGCAUAUGGAGACAUGAAUCAUGAGUGGAUAGGAAAUGAAUGGCUGCCCAGCCUUGGUCUGCCUCAGUACCGCUCCUACUUCAUGGAGUGUCUGGUGGACGCAAGAAUGCUGGACCAUCUGACCAAGAAGGACCUAAGGAGCCACCUCAAAAUGGUGGACAGCUUCCACAGGGCUAGUCUGCAGUAUGGGAUUAUGUGCUUGAAAAGACUCAAUUAUGACAGGAAAGACCUAGAGCGGCGGAGAGAGGAUAGCCAACAUGACAUGAAAGAUGUUUUGGUGUGGACCAAUGAGCAGGUGAUCCACUGGGUCCAGUCCAUUGGUCUAAGGGAGUAUAGCGGCAACUUGCUCGAGAGUGGCGUUCAUGGAGCGCUCGUCGCUCUGGAUGAGACUUUCGACUACAGCAGCCUAGCACUCAUCCUGCAGAUUCCUAUGCAGAACACACAGGCACGACAGGUUCUGGAGAGGGAAUUCAACAACCUGUUAGCUUUAGGGACUGACCGCAGACUCGAGGAGAGUGGAGAUGACAAGUCCUUUCGACGCUCUCCAUCAUGGCGCAAGAGGUUUCGGGCACGUGAGGGAGGGACUGGGCUGGGGAUGAUGGCAGGCUCCAUGGAAACGCUGCCAGCUGGCUUCCGUAUGCCGUCCAUGUCCAUGCCGCCUUCUAUGAAUUUGGCAUCCAAGAAACAGCUUCAACCUGAAGCUCCUCCCCCAGCAACCCCGAGACUUGAUCCCUCGGCUGUGCGGACCUAUUCAUGUUAACUACUCUCUACUUACUAACAGGAGCGUUAAUGCUGACAGUGCAUUCUCAUUACCUAUAUGGACAUAUGCUUGCGGCCUUUUGAGAGUGAUAUGCCAAAUCUGGAGAGGGAGACCUGGGUACCUCACAGGGAAGGCUUCGUCCCUUUGUUGCCCAGCCUCACCUUCCAACUUUCACCUCUCACCUCUUCUUCGGACACGUGCAAUACAGAGGCCAACUCUGACCUUUGAACUCUUGAGAGUGCACAUUGGCUGCGCUCGCUGCUGUAAUGGAGGCUCAUCCUGGUCUCUCCCAGUUUACCCCCCGUGCUCCCAGUAGCCUUGUUGUUGUGGUUGUUGUGCUCCUGCUCCCCUGAUCUCAGCUGUGGAUUUUUUUCCUGGUUGUAAUAGUCUCAACAUGGCCAAGCCCAAACCAAUCUUCCUGCGUCAUCAUGUCCUUUGCAAGAAAACAGCGUCAAAACGAUUAAAGGAGAUGGUGAGCAGGUGUUGGUUUGGAUUUGAGAAUGAUGAAUACUUGUAUAAAUGGCAGAUCCCACCACACGUUACCCCUCUACCGGUUAUGCAAGGUAUUACUCAUUUAUCUCUGUACAUAAAAUGGAUGACUUAUGUUUUUUAUAGAAAUAUUAUAUAUAAAUAUAUAUAUAUAAAUAUAUAUAUAUUGGGAAUAUAUAUGGAAAACAAUAUAAUAUUGCUGUAUGAAACCCAAUGCCCUGUAUUCAAUAGUGACUGUUCUCUCUCUCUUUCUCUUUCUUUCUCUUUCUCUCUGUGUCGGACCUUCGUGUGUCUUUUGCUGUAUGCUGUACGUGUGUGAAUCGUUGGUGGGAGGGACUCACUAAGGGAGGUGUGUGUUUCCACAAGGACUCUUCACAGGUUCAUGGGUCCAAUAUCAGACUUCUCUCUUUGCCUCUUCUCCCAUUCCUUCUUUUUUCCUUCUCUUCCUUCUCUUUUAACACAAUGUAGCUGUUGCCUCUCCUUUCUCUGCCUCUCUCGCCUUCUGUAUGACACUAUGUAGCCUAGAAUAGAGAGAAUCCUUUAAUAUGAAGUGUGUGUGUGUGAGAGAGAGAGUGUGAGAGUGUGUGACUAAAUGAGUCUCUGUGCUUGAGACUAGUAGAUUUCGUGUGAAAAGGCCGGCCCCAGCCAUGCGACCAUGACUUUCUCUGUGGAUGGUAGUGUGACCACUGUAGCUCUUCUCUGUUGAUUCCUUACAUUCUCUCAAAAUCAAACUGUAAACUGCUGCUCAACAUCAGCCAAUGAAAUCCACAUGAAACUGCUCCACGUGACAGACUUGUCUAAUCUUGCUCUGAUUGAGCAGUCAGUACUCUUGGCUCACCAACUCCUCAUCCAAUAAGAACACAGCAAAUGAACCAGUGAAGUGCUGGAUGGGUGUACAAUCUUUUUCUUUUUCUUUUUUUUUUGAAAGUUUUUCCAAGGUGUCUAAAAGGUGUAACGUGCUAUGUGGCAGCUAUGAGUACUGUGUCUUUAUUCCAGGUGUGAAACAAUGCUGACAAAUCAAGAUUUUAUUAUUUGGCUAUUUAAAAAGAAGUGUAAUGUAUUUAUGACACUAUAUAGACAUAAGUAAAGCUGUUUUUUAAAGA